UCAAUCAAAACAAAACACACUUCUCUCAUCUCUGCAUUUACCUUUUCUUUGCUCUUUUAAGAUUUUUGUAUUUUUAAAGGGAUUUGAGUUCGCGUGGAUUCGAAGUACUCUUUGAGCAUCAAUGGAUCGCGCGGAACUAACUACUGAACAGGUUCUUAAGAGGGAUAUCCCAUGGGAAACAUACAUGACGACGAAGCUGAUAUCAGGAACAGGCCUUCAGCUGUUAAGGCGUUAUGAUAAUAGAGCUGAAAGUGUCAGGGCACAGUUGUUGGAUGAUGAUGGUCCGGCCUACGUGCAAGUGUUUGUUAGCAUAUUACGUGAUAUCUUUAAAGAAGAAACAGUGGAAUAUGUUCUGGCUUUAAUUGAUGAAAUGCUUACAGCCAAUCCAAAAAGAGCCAGAUUAUUUCAUGACAAGUCUCUUGCUACUGAAGAUACUUAUGAACCUUUCCUAAGAUUGUUGUGGAAAGGAAACUGGUUCAUACAAGAAAAGAGCUGCAAGAUACUUGCCUCAAUAGUAAGUGCAAGGCCAAGAACCCAGGAGGGUGCUGUUGCAAAUGGAGAAGCCUCAAAGAUAAGGGGCCCUACCAUUGAUGAUGUACUAAAGGAAUUAGUUGACUGGCUUUGCACGCAGCUAAAGAAGCCUUCCCAUCCUACUUGUGGUGUUCCUACUGCUAUUAACUGUCUUGCAGCAUUACUGAAGGAACCUAUUGUCAGGUCUUCCUUUGUUCGAGCGGAUGGGGUGAAGUUACUGAUCCCUUUAAUUACUCCAGCAUCGACCCAGCAAUCUAACCAGCUUCUCUAUGAAACAUGUCUCUGUGUGUGGCUUUUAUCUUACUAUGAACCAGCAAUUGAGUAUUUAGCGACAUCUAGGGCUCUACCAAGACUGGUUGAUGUCGUUAAGAGUUCCACAAAGGAGAAGGUUGUCAGGGUUGUUGUAUUGACCUUUAGGAACUUGUUAUCCAAAGGCACAUUCGGUGCUCAGAUGGUUGACCUCGGACUGCCACAGAUUGUUCAGAGUUUGAAAGCACAAGCAUGGAGUGAUGAGGAUCUAUUGGAGACUCUCAAUCACCUUGAAGAUGGGCUGAAGGAUAACAUUAAGAAAUUGAGUUCCUUCGAUAAAUAUAAGCAAGAAAUUCUCCUUGGUCAUCUUGAUUGGUCACCCAUGCAUAAAGAUCCAUUGUUUUGGCGUGAUAAUAUUUCAUGCUUUGAAGAGAAUGAUUUCCAGGUUCUAAGGGUCCUCAUUACAAUUAUGGACUCGUCUAAUGAUCCAAGAGCUCUAGCCGUUGCUUGCUUCGAUCUCUCACAAUUUAUUCAGCACCACCCCGCUGGCCGGGUGAUAGUGAACGAUCUCAAGGCGAAGGAACAGGUUAUGAAGUUGAUGAACCAUGACAGCGCCGAGGUUACCAAGAAUGCCUUACUCUGCAUCCAGAGGCUUUUCCUAGGUGCCAAAUAUGCUAGCUUUUUGCAGGCAUAGUUCAGCUGAAUCGUUCUCGGUCCUGUCCAAUUGGAUGGUAAGUAAAUUAUGCUUUGGUAGAUUGAGUGGUUUUUUUCAUGUCGGAUUACUUGAUUGCCAACAUUUCAAGGAAUAAUUACUUCGAUUUUAUUGUCGAGGUUCGAACUUAUUAUUUUUCAAAAAUUUAGUUGUGGUAUAGAAUAAAAUGUAUGCAAUUCCUUAUUUGCUUAAAUAAAUUGUAAUACCAUUAUCAUGGUUCAAGAACAACUUAUUUUUUGCAUGAAUUUUAUUAACCCCUUUUUUGUAA